CCGCAUACGCGAUUUAGUACAAAAAUGAACAAAUUACAACAAUUAUUACAUAAAACCAAUAUUCGAAGUUUACGAAAAUAUUCGCAAGGACGGAUUGCAGAAUUAUUAAAACCGAUUACUUAUUUAACAGAUGAUGAAAUAAGGAUCAAAGAAAAUGUUGCGCGUUUAGCAACUGAAAAAAUUGGACCGUUGGUACGCCAAAUGGAAAAGGAGGAGAAAAUCCAUGAAUCUGUUCUAAAUAUGCUUUUUGAAAAUGGGUUGAUGGCGAUAGAAGUUGAUUCAAAGUAUAAUGGAACAGGUAGUACCUUUAUGACAUCAGUUUUAGUGCUUGAAGAACUUGGAAAAAUUGAUUUGGGUGUAACAACAGUAGUUGAUGCCCAAAACACUUUAGUAUGUAAUUUACUAUCGAAACAGGGUAACGAGGAGCAGAAACAAAAGUAUUUAUCAUUAUUGGCAACUAAUUGGGUUGGAAGUAUGUGUUUAAGUGAAGCAAGUUCUGGAAGUGAUGCUUUUGCUAUGAGAACAACAGCAAAAAAAGAUGGUGACUAUUACACAAUCAAUGGUUCAAAAAUGUGGAUCACCAAUUCAAAUAUUGCAAAUAUAUUUCUUGUUAUGGCAAAUGCUAAUCCUGAAGCAGGUCACAAAGGGAUUACUUGUUUUAUUGUCGAACGUAAUACACCAGGCUUGACAGUGGGAAAACCUGAAGAUAAAUUAGGCAUCGUUGCAUCAGGAACAUGUCCAGUACAUUUUGAUAAUGUUCGGAUACCUAUGCAAAAUAUCCUGGGUAAAGUUGGUGAAGGAUAUAAGUAUAUCGCAGAUAUAUUGAAUGAAGGACGAAUUGCAGUCGCAGCAUCAAUGUUAGGAGCAGCGGAAGGAUGUUUUAAUGCUACAAUACCAUAUACUUUACAACGCAAACAAUUUGGAAAGCCAACCUUCAAAUUUCAGGCUAUGCAACAUCAAAUUGCUCGGGUGGCAACAGAAAUUGAAUGUGUACGUAUGAUGGUGUACAAUGCAGCACGAUUACAGGAAAAUGGUUAUGAUGUACGGAAACAUGGUGCUAUGGCUAAAUUGUAUGCGGCCGAGGUUGCACAAAGAGCAACAAUCAGUUGUAUAGAUUGGAUGGGUGGUGUUGGAUUUACAAAAGAUUUUCCACAAGAAAAGUUCUAUCGCGAUUGUAAAGUUGGAUCAAUUAUUGAAGGCACAUCAAAUAUACAAUUAGAUACAAUUGCAAAAUUAAUUGAAUUAGAGCAUAUAGGGUUAAAAUAGAAUAA